AGCCUGAAGGGGGUGUGACUUAGGCGGGUCGCUCCUGUGAUCUGUGUAGUGAGGCGACAACAGCUGUCUACUACGAGCUGCAAAGCCCUCGCCGCUUCUGUCACUAUCCCCUUGGAAUAUAAGUGUGUGUAUGUCUGACUCGCAGCAAUGCUGUGGACGGCCAACCAGUUCAUAAGGAAGUUCUCCAGCACCGCAAUUUACUAUCAAAACAAGCUAAGAUUGGCCCUCAUUGGUCAGAGUCUUUUUGGACAAGAAGUGUAUAACAAUCUACGUAAGGAAGGACAUAAAAUUGUUGGAGUAUUUACAGUGCCAGACAAGGAUGGGAAAACUGACCCUUUGGCUGUGGCUGCUGAGAAAGAUGGCACCCCAGUGUUCAAGUUUCCCAGGUGGCGAGUGAAGGGCAAGUCUAUCCCAGAGGUAGUAGAAGCCUACAAGUCGGUGGGAGCUGAACUGAAUGUCCUUCCUUUCUGCACACAGUUUAUUCCUAUGGAUGUUAUUGAUAGUCCUAAGAAUGGCUCUAUUAUCUACCAUCCCUCCAUCCUUCCCCGACACAGAGGAGCUUCUGCAAUUAAUUGGACGUUAAUUCAUGGAGAUAAAAAAGCAGGAUUCUCAGUUUUCUGGGCAGAUGAUGGCCUGGAUACAGGGCCGAUCCUGCUGCAAAGAGUGUGUGACGUGGAACCUAAUGACACAGUAGAUACCCUUUACAACCGUUUUCUUUUUCCUGAAGGAAUAAAAGCUAUGGUGGAAGCUGUACAGUUAAUUGCCGAUGGCAAAGCACCUCGCAUAGGCCAGCCAGAAGAUGGGGCUACAUAUGAAGGAAUCCAAAAGAAAGAUAAUGCAAAGAUUUGUUGGGACAACACUGCACAAGCAAUCCAUAACUGGAUCAGAGGACACGACAAAGUGCCAGGAGCCUGGACACUGAUUAAUGAGCAGGUGGUGACACUAUAUGGAUCCUCCUUGCUGGAUGGCCCAGUGCCUGCAGGUCAGCCAGUAUCUAUUGAAGGUGCUUCAAAGCCUGGCCUUGUCACCAAAAAUGGACUUGUUUUAUUUGGUAAUGAUGGCAAAAUGUUGACAAUCAGAAAUCUCCAGUUUGAGGAUGGCAAAAUGAUACCAGCGUCAAAGUAUUUUUCAAAGGACGAUUCAGCAACUUUGGAGCUUACAGAAGAGGAAAAGGCAGUUGAAUCAGAGAUCAGGAAUAUUUGGAAAGGGAUACUAAGUAACGUUUCGGUCAUUGAGAAGACCACUGACUUUUUUAAAUCAGGAGCUGCAUCAAUGGAUGUUGUCAGGUUGGUUGAGGAGCUCAAACAGAAAUGUGAAGGACUAGAGCUUCAGAAUGAAGAUGUCUACAUGGCCACCACAUUUGAGGAAUUCAUUCAGAUGGUUGUGAGAAAAUUAAGAGGAGAAGAUAAAGAAGAACUAAUCAUAGAUUAUGCAUCAUUAGAUGUCAACAACAUGACAGUGAAGAUGCCUUACCAGUGUUUCAUCAAUGGGCAGUUUAUUGAUGCAGAUAAUGGGAAAACAUAUGACACUAUCAACCCUACUGAUGGAUCUGUGAUAUGCAAAGUUGCGUAUUGUUCCGUAGCAGAUGUUGAUAAAGCUGUUGCAGCAGCAAAAGAUGCUUUUGAGAAUGGUGAAUGGGGGAAAAUGAACGCAAGGGACAGGGGGAGGAUUUUAUAUAGACUUGCAGACCUCAUGGAAGAACAUCAGGAGGAGUUAGCAACAAUCGAGGCCAUUGAUUCAGGAGCUGUAUAUACACUGGCGCUAAAGACUCAUGUUGGGAUGUCAGUGCAGACCUUCCGAUACUUUGCUGGGUGGUGCGACAAAAUUCAGGGGUCUACAAUUCCAAUAAACCAGGCUCGCCCCAACCGUAAUCUGACUUUUACUAAAAAGGAACCUCUUGGUGUGUGUGCCAUCAUUAUUCCAUGGAACUAUCCCCUGAUGAUGCUCGCUUGGAAGAGUGCUGCAUGUUUGGCUGCAGGAAAUACCUUAGUUUUAAAACCUGCCCAGGUCACUCCACUGACAGCACUUAAGUUUGCAGAGCUGGCUGUGAAGGCUGGAUUGCCAAAAGGCGUUAUCAAUAUCCUGCCUGGAUCAGGAGGUCUAGUUGGACAGCGCUUGUCUGAACAUCCAGAUAUUCGCAAGCUUGGAUUUACAGGCUCUACACCAAUUGGCAAGCAGAUCAUGAAAAGUUGUGCUGUCAGCAAUCUGAAAAAGGUUUCCUUGGAGCUCGGUGGUAAAUCUCCUCUUAUCAUUUUUAAUGACUGUGAUUUGGACAAAGCUGUGAGAAUGGGAAUGGGAGCAGUGUAUUUUAACAAAGGAGAGAAUUGUAUUGCAGCGGGUAGGCUCUUUGUGGAAGAAUCCAUACAUGAUGAGUUUGUGACGAGAGUGGUGGAAGAAAUUAAAAAAAUGAGGAUUGGCGACCCUCUCGAUAGAUCUACAGAUCAUGGCCCACAGAACCACAAAGCACACAUGGAGAAACUGUUAGAAUACUGUGAAAUUGGAGUGAAAGAAGGAGCCACGCUUGUAUAUGGAGGCAGAAAAGUACCAAGGCCAGGCUUCUUCAUGGAACCAACUGUGUUCACAGAUGUUGAAGACCACAUGUAUCUUGCUCAGGAAGAAUCAUUUGGACCCAUUAUGGUCAUUUCUAAGUUUAAGGAUGGGGACAUUGAUGGAGUGUUGCAACGUGCCAAUAAUACAGAAUAUGGAUUAGCCUCUGGCGUGUUCACAAAAGACAUAAGCAAGGCAAUGUAUGUCAGUGAAAAGUUGAAUGCUGGAACAGUUUUUAUUAACACAUACAACAAGACAGAUGUUGCAGCACCAUUUGGAGGCUUCAAGCAAUCUGGAUUCGGCAAGGACUUGGGUGAAGAAGCUCUACAUGAAUACCUCAGAACAAAAGCUGUAACCGUGGAAUAUUAAGCUUUCUCAAACCUUUGGCUUCUGCAAGACAAUACCUCGACAGGACUGUUUUUUUUAGCCACUCCAUUUUUACAUGUUUUGUAGUCACUUCAUUUUUACAUGGUUUUCAGUCGCUUUAUUUCUACGGCGUUAUUAAAGAAACAUGGCUUUGUGAGUAGUAUGCCAUCUACAUCAAGUACCUUGUACCGCCGGGUUGUCAAUUUUUAUGUUUUCUACACAAGUUCAAACAUGACAUGACUGCAACUUUGUAAAAUCAUCUUAUUCAGAUAGAUUCUUCAUUGGGAUCUUGGGAUGUAAUGCAACCAAAAGGAGGGUAGAAUUCAGUAUUACUCUUAGUUUUUGCUGUUCAAGAGUUCGUGGAAACCUCUCGAGCUAAAAAAAACAAAUUGAAAUAAAGUGCACUUAGUUUGUCCGUUGCAAAGUGUGAUCAGAGACUGCCACCGCUGGAAAUACAGCACCAAUUGCGGGGCUUCUAGAGAUCAGAGACUGAUGCUUAAACAUGGUGCAGAAGCAUAGAACAUACAUGAACUGAAUAAGGAAAUGACCGACACAUGCACCCCAUGCUCUAAAUACGCUGAACUGUUACACUGCACUGGAACAGGACAUCAAACAAAUCAAGUUACAAAUACAUAUUUUAUUGGUAUUUUCUUAUGGCAUCAUGUAUUCAAAUACAUAAGUCUGAAUUGACUUCAGCUUCUGGGAGCUGUACAUUUAUCAGGUUUGGAAGCUGGAAAUUAAAAUUGAAAAACUGCUUGCUAUGUCCUGCUGGAUAGCUCAGUAAAGAUUUGUCUUAAAAAAUGGACUUGCGUCUUACUUUUA